GUCUUUUGGAAGGGCAAGGGACCGCCGGAUGUAAACAGUAAAACACCCCCUCCUCAAGGAGAAAAAAAAAAAAACAAAGAAAGCAAGAGCUCACUCUCCCUCCUCUCCAUCUUGUUAAGCUUCCACCGUUAGAUAGAUCAUUACACGCACACUACAAAUCCCAUUCUCAGAAAGAUCCUUUUUUUUCUUUUUUAAUUUUCUCGCUGCUCUGUAUUCCCCACUUACCAGAAAGAAAGGCUUCAAGAAAACAGAGCAUUAUCAAGAAAGCAAGAUAACACCACUCUUCAUGGCCGCCAAUUGCCCAUAUCUCCCCCUUCUCCUUGCCAUAUUCACCAUCAUCAACUCAGCCUCUGCACAACUCCCAACCACCACCACCACCCCUUCUCCACCUCCACCACCUUUUGUUCCAUCGCUGCCACCUCCCUCGCCAUUGCCAACACCUCCUCCUCCUCCUCCAUCUCUGUCGCCAUCUCCCCCUCCAUUGCUAACGCCGUUACCACCACCUCCAUCUCUAUCAACACCUCCCCCUCCAUCAGUCACGCCACUCGCACCACCUCCCCAUCAUUUUCCAUCCCCACCUCCUCCUCCUCCUUCCCGUCGAGCACCAGCACGACGAUCACCGCGACCUCAACAACUGAACAACAUAAUCGACGCACUGAUGGGCGCCGGUGACUUCACGAAUUUGGAGGACAUUAUCUCAGCGAUCAAUCCAUUGAGUCUCCCACUGAGCGCCACCAUCUUCAUCCCACAAGAAGAUCCCCUCAACGUCACGCCCCUUUACAUGGACCCCUUCAUUUUUCCCUACCACAUUGUUCCUCAGCGUCUCUCUUUCUCUGACCUCCAACUCCUCAGAACCAACACUCGCCUCCCAACCCUCCUACCGCACAAGUCUAUCCUCAUCACCAACAGCUCUGCCUCCAACUUCACCCUCGACGACUCUUGUAUCACCCAACCAGACGUCUACAGCAACAACGCCGUCACAGUGCACGGAAUUUCCGCCGUUCUUGACUACGCUACUUACGGUGAUGGGUUGCACAAAUCGUCCAAACCUCCAGCACCGCAGCCGGAGGCUAUUACUCCCGCACCGCGCUUUGCACCAGGCGGACCAGUCACUGACUCAAUGUCAGAUGCUGCGUGCCUUUGCAGCGAGUCUCCGAUUGUUUUCUUUAUUGUUUCUGCGGUUCUGGCUUUCAAGAUUCACGGGAACCCUCUUGCUCGUUGACGGGUUCCCGAGUUUUUCCAAGAAUUGGAGUACAGAGUGCUGUUGCGCAGCACAAAGGAUCAGGUCCAAGAUGAGUAUUUCUUUCUUGGGGUCAUUCAUGGGGUGGCAAUUGCCAAUCAUCUCUGCAGGUCUCGUUCUUCGAUGGGUUUAUAUCUUAGGAACCUUGAUCUCAGCCAAAAGACCUUUAUCAUCGAUCAGAAUCCUUUUUAAUUUUCAUAUAUUUCCACGAGGUUUUAGUUUGCUCUGAUCCUGUACAUGACUGUAUUCUUUCUCAUGAAUGCGGGUAAUAUUUCCAUUCUGCUAGAAAAUAAAAUGUUUCUUUUGUCUGUUACACUUUUCACUCUUUGGGAUUCACGAGG